AAUUCCGUCUCCAGUGCUUUGUUCAUGUUGAUGCCGGUGUGGUUGUUCUGAUAGCCAAAGAAUUCCACAGUUGUAGUGUUUUCUCCACCGAGAGCAAAAGUAGAACUCAACCACCAGCUUCUCAUCAACAAUUUCAAUUUUUACCCAAAGUUUUUUUAUAGUAACAACAAAAAAUGGCUCUAGUACCCCUAGAAUCCAAUCCUGAGGUCAUGACGAAGUUUAUCCAUCAACUUGGAGUACCAGACAAGUUCUCUCUGGUGGAUGUUUACGGAUUAGAUUCCGAUUUACUUGAUAUGGUACCGAAACCAGUGCUCGCACUUAUUCUACUCUAUCCAGACAGUGAGAAGGCUGCAGCGUACACUGCAGAGUUGAUCGCAAAAAUAACAGAAAAAGGGGAAGAAAUUUCGCCAAAUGUUUUUCACAUGCAACAGUGCGUUCCCAACGCAUGUGGAACUGUUGCCCUUGUGCAUGCGAUUGCUAACAACGAAGACCAGAUUGAUCUGGAGGACGGUAUACUGAAGACAUUCCUGGAGAAAGCUAAGGACUUAUCAUUUACAGAGCGUGGGGAAUUGUUGGUUAAUACAGCUAGUGGAAUUACCGAUGCUCAUGAACAAUUAGCACAGGAGGGACAGACUGAAGCCCCUCAGGAAAAUGCACCGGUUUAUCAUCAUUUUGUGGCUUAUGUGGAGAAAAAUGGAUCUCUGUAUGAAUUGGAUGGAAGGAAACCAUUCCCCAUAAAUUAUGGUCCAACUACCAGAGAUCAGUUGCUCGAAAAUGCCACAAAAGUUUGUGGUGAAUACAUGGCUAGAGAUCCCGAUGAUGUUCGCUUUACCAUGAUUGCACUGGUUGCCAACGAGUAAAGAAUAUUCCAUAAAACAUUAAAAAAUAAAGUACCAAUACUUUUUUACAUUAACUUUGAACGUUGGAUGAAUUGAAAUCCAAAUGGAAAAAAUAAGUAUUGCGUUUAUAUGGUAAGAAUGCUUAAAGUGGGAUGAGAAAAAAAAUUUAAUACAUGUUUCUAAGUAAUUUGAAAAAUACAUGAAUUUUUCAGUGUAA